GCGGAUCGCUAUAUAUGGCUAGAGCUUGGUCACAUGUGCCGGGAGCUUCCUCCUGUCCCCUGGGUUCGCCCUUAACAGGAUCCGGCUCCAGCUCGCCAGUUGUCACAUGCACUCUCCGGUGUGUGACGCCUCGUUCCUGCCCACGCACCCACUCCGCUGAAUCCGGAGCGCCCUGCGGCAGCGCUCUGCAGCAACACGCCGCCCCACGCCCAGACCCAGCCCGCUGAGCCUGCCGCACAGGCGGGCAGGGGAGGACGAGGAGCAGCUGCCAUUGUGCAGUGCAGCGGCGCGUGCUAAAGACAGCCGCGUGUGAGUGACUCUCCUAAUAAAGCUUGAGCACCAGCUCCGGGCUCUUCGCGCCCUAUAAAACCCUUCCCUGCAAAGGGAGCGGGCUCGGCGCGGCACCAGGCGGGGACCGGCGGCAGCGACAAAGCGCAUCCGCGAAGAGGGGGCGCCCCCCACCAGUCCCGGCGAGAUGCCCCACGUAGAAGCGGAUCUCAAACUGGACUUUCAUGACGUGCUGCUCAGACCUAAGAGAAGCAGCCUCAAAAGCAGAGCCGAGGUAGAUCUCAUUCGUACCUUCACAUUCCGCAACUCCAAACAAACAUACACAGGGAUCCCCAUUAUGGUGGCAAAUAUGGACACCGUGGGCACGUUUGAAAUGGCAAAGGUGAUGACUAAACAUGCAAUGUUCACUGCUAUUCAGAAGCAUUAUUCUGUGGAAGAAUGGAAACUGUUUGCAGUCAAUCACCCAGAAUGCCUUGAGCAUGUAGCAGUGAGCUCAGGCAGUGGGAAGGCUGAUUUGGACAGGCUGACAAGUAUCUUGGAGGCCAUUCCCCUUAUCAAGUACAUCUGCCUGGAUGUGGCCAAUGGAUAUUCAGAGCACUUUGUGGAAUUUGUGAAAACUGUCCGUGCCAAUUUUCCAAAUCACACCAUCAUGGCAGGUAACGUGGUAACAGGAGAGAUGGUGGAGGAACUUAUUCUUUCUGGAGCAGAUAUCAUUAAAGUGGGCAUUGGACCUGGUUCUGUGUGCACCACCCGGAUUAAGACAGGUGUGGGCUACCCUCAGCUGAGUGCUGUGAUUGAGUGUGCAGACUCCGCCCAUGGCCUGAAGGGGCAUAUCAUUUCUGAUGGAGGCUGUAGCUGUCCAGGAGAUGUCGCCAAAGCAUUUGGAGCUGGUGCGGAUUUUGUCAUGCUUGGAGGAAUGUUUGCAGGCCACGAUCAAUGUGCUGGAGAGGUUCUAGAAAAAAAUGGCAAGAAGGUGAAACUGUUCUACGGGAUGAGCUCUGAUACGGCCAUGAAGAAGCACGUAGGAGGAGUUGCUGAAUACAGGUACAAGUUAUAUUCAGAUUUUGCCAUGGGCCGGAACCACCACCAAACCUACUUCUGGAUCUGAAUUUUGCAACUGGCUCCUGUUACAACCUGGGCUUGUUCCCUCUUCCAGAUGAACACCAGGCUGUUGUAAACAGACCCAACUCCUCGGCCCAUAUGCUUCCAAGAUCCCUGGGUCCAGGUAGUGACUGGGCACUGUUCCUAACGCUGGGUGUCUCAGGCACACAAACAGAGGUACAGACUACCUGUUUGACAUCCUUCUUGGGCAGUGGGACCUGGCAGUCCAGCUGUCUGAGCCCCUCCUGGAACCAGUGCCAGAGCCCCACAUUGCUUACUACCGUCCCCCCAGAAUGCACUUGGCUGUGGGACAGUAAGGUAAGGAAAACACUCUUAACAAAGGAAUUUUUUAAUCACAGACACUUUACUCUUGAAAGCACUAGAGAGUUACAGAUCUGUGGGAAACCAGAACAUCAUUCUCACCCUGAUAUCAGCCCUGCUGUGAAUCCUGGGUUUGAUGAACAUCUUUAGAGAGUCACUCAUCUUUUAUCUUUUGUUCUUGUGCAUUUAACUGGGGGAGUUGUGGGUUCCAGGCCCUUUCUUCCCCCAGUUGGCUUCUGUGUAGAGAGUUAUUCAUAGUCAAUGGCUGUACCAGUAGAAAACCCAUUAUUCAGUAGGGGAUAGUCAUUCAGUGUUGAUGGCGCUGUCAUACCUCCUCAUACAUAGUCUUUCCAUGAGGGGUCCAGCCAGCCCUUACCAUAAAAUGGAUACUCUAAUCCACAAAGGAAUUCACAAUACAACACAAAGUCACACUCCAGAAGGAAGGUUAUAGUGGACAAAAUGGGGUAACAAAACAAAAUGGAGUUCACAGACAUAUCCCUGCUCUGGCACAGCCCUUAAUUUUGCAGCAGGCCAAGCCACAACCCAGGAUACAAACGCUUCCCAAACUUUGGUCCAAGCCUAAAUUUAGCAGCUUGGAUCCGUCUUCAGAGCUGCUGCAUAUUAUAUUAUUAUUACUAUUAUUAACUGUUUUUAAAGAUGUAGAAAGUGCCAUAUAGACAUACAUAGUACUUACAGAAGGCAGGUAAGACAUAAUCUUUGCACUAAGGCAUUUAAGUCUAACGGCAUUGGCCUAAAUUUCCGGAGCUAUUCAGUAUCACGUAUUGGGUUGCAACAAAAUGCCUGUAAUAAUGGAGACCAAAAAAUUUAGUGGCAGGCAAAGUGCAGCCAUCAGGAAAGAGCUGAGCACAGAGAUGGUCAUGGCACUUCUGCCUUUUGAUCUGGCUGAAAUUAGACCCAUCGAGGAGAUAGAGCUGCCCCACUCACUGGUCCAAUAAGCUGGGCCAAAUACUGAACACAGCUGCAUCUACUCCACUUUCUAAGGAAACCUUUUGGGGAGAAGUAAAAAGAUGCCUUUAGG